AUGACGACCAUAGCGUCGGCUAUGCCCUCAACGCCACGCAAAAGACCUGCAUCACGAUCUCCAGAUGGCGCGAGAAACUCAAAGCGCCAGCUUACGUCUUCUCCAGAGGAAGGCGAGGUCGACGAUACGCUACCUACUCCUGGCCUAAAUCCAAAUCCCAUAAUUCCCGCCAUUUCACUUCCUGCGAAACCGGUUCCUCUAAUCAAGAAGAGUGUUCCUUUUCCCUUCAAGAGAAAACCUGAUGGACCCAAGAGCUCUGCAGAUGGGGAGAAGUCAGAACCCUUAAAUGUGUUCGCACAAUACGAGGAGGCACAUAGGCCGAGGGAAGAGCCGAGGAGGGCGAACAAUCGACCACCACCGAGGAGCGGGAAAACUGAUCAUUGGGAACCGAGUUUCGGACGAGGAGAGGACAAGGAGUGGGAUAGGGACAGGUAUCGCAGAGACUUUCGGGAGGACGAUUCGCGGCGAUUCGGAAGGCGGAAUUCUCUUACAGACGAUUCGGACGGGCGCUACUACCGCCCGCAGUACAAUGACCGCCGGAGAGGUGAUGAUCGUGAAUGGACGCGCAGGGACCCAGCGCCGUAUCGUGGCCGCGGUGAUGAUCGGUAUGACCGUCGAAGUUAUGACUCGCGGCCGCUUUCACGCCCUCAUUCGCCUCCCACGUCAGGUCUCAUUUCUCCUCCGUCGGCGCCACCCACACAACCCGAAAUCCACCGUCCAGUUUCACCACCUCCCAAACUACCCCCACCCCCACCUGAAUCAAAGGCACCUUCCCCGCCUCACGGCCUACCGCCGCCUCCUGAAGAUGACGGUCCUCGACCACCUUCGUCUACUCCUCCACCCGCCCCUCCGCCAGAUGAACGUCUACUGAAAGGCGUGCAACUACCGCCUAUUCAUGCGUCCGUGAAGAUCACUAUGAAACGGCCUGACGCGCCAAGGAACGCUCAUUCUCCGCUGCCUUUGGAUAUUCCACCAAAUACUGCACGAGGAAUGGCUCAAGGACCUGAGAGGGCGGUCGAAAAAUCAGCGCCACCGCCGCCCCAGCAUAGAUCAUCACUUUCUCUUCCCCCUCCUCCACAUCCGCCAAAGGAACAGAAGAAAGAAAGGGAGUCAUCCAGGAUACAGGUCAUGCGUAGGAAACUCCCCAUGAGGAGAUCCGAGAAGGAGGAGGUUCAAGUGUACGGACAUGGGUUCAUGGGCUGUGGACAACAGUCGGACUACGAGGCUACCACCAAACUGGGUGAAGGUACUUUCGGUGAGGUGCACAAAGCUAUCCAUAAGAAGACAGGUAGAGCCGUCGCUCUGAAGCGAAUCCUCAUGCACAACGAGAAGGAAGGCAUGCCAGUCACGGCGCUCCGCGAAAUCAAGAUUCUCAAAGCUCUGAAGCAUCCGUGUAUUGUCGACAUCCUGGACAUGUUCGUUGUGCGGAGUACCGACAAAGAUCCACUCUCUGUGUAUAUGGUGUUUCCAUACAUGGACCACGAUCUGGCGGGGCUGCUGGAGAAUGAGCGAGUGAAACUUCAGCCAAGUCACAUCAAGCUCUAUAUGAAGCAGCUGCUGGAAGGAACGGAGUACAUGCAUCGCAACCAUAUUCUCCAUCGUGACAUGAAGGCAGCGAAUCUUCUUAUUUCCAACAACGGUUCUUUGCGGAUAGCGGAUUUUGGUUUGGCCAGAUCCUUUGAUACGAAUGUGGCAAAUGCACGGAGCGACGGGAUUCGAACUGGCCGCGACCGGAAGUACACGAACUGUGUCGUGACGAGAUGGUAUCGACCUCCUGAACUCCUGCUUGGGGCGAGGCACUACGGGGGUGAAGUGGAUAUUUGGGGCAUUGGAUGUGUCUUGGGUGAAAUGUUCACUCGAAAGCCCAUCUUGCCGGGCACCUCUGACCUUGACCAGCUUGAGAAGAUCUGGUUCCUCUGUGGUUCACCUAAUCAACACAACUGGCCUUAUCAUGAUCAAUUGCCAGGAUGUGAAGGCGUCAUCAGGUUCAAAUCGCACCCUCGCAGACUGAAGGAAACGUACGACAGCGUUGGGCCUGAGACAGUUGAUUUGCUAGACAAGUUGUUGAUUAUCAACCCCAAGGAGCGCAUUACUGCUGCCCAAGCUCUCGAGCACGACUACUUCUGGACGGACCCGUUACCUGCCGAUCCUAAGUCCUUGCCCUCCUACGAGGCUUCUCAUGAGUUUGACAAGCGUGGACAUCGCAACCACCACCCCAUGCCCAUGCCUGCUGGUCCUCCGCUGCAAGUUCAACCGCCACCCCAUGCACACAACAACCAAAUGCGUGGCGGGCCUCCUCAGGGCAACCCUCAAUUUAACCGCGGGCCUGGUGGUCCGCCUAGCCAGACCCAGAAUCAACGUCAUCAACAUGGCAACGGUCCUGACAUGCAUCGUCGCAGUGGGCCUCCAGGAGGGCAGCCAGGUAAUUACCCUGCUCCAAACCACCCUGGAUCACAUAACAUGGGCAUGAAUGGACCGGGGCCUGGAGGUCGUCCACCGGUAGCGAUGGGGUAUGGUAAUGGACCAGGACAAGGUGGACCGCCGCCUAUGGGUAUGCCAGGCAUGCCCCCACAAUUCCCUCAUCCACCCCCGUACGGACGUGGCGGAGGUCCACCACCUGGCGGCGUCUACGGUGGCGCCCCGUCCCAUCCCCCUCUUGGAGUACAGUUUCCUCAGAACCUGCCGCGCCCUCCAUACCCGUCUCAUCAUCAAGGUAGCCGACCUCCAAUGAGGAACGAUCGUCAACGGGAAUCAAGGAAUAAUGACCCGGCACCUCCCCCAAGGACGUCGAGCUUGCCUCCGAACCCCAACCUGCCGCCUCGACCUGCUGCUCCUCUUGGGAGUGCAGCACGGGAUGGCGAGCGUGACAGGGAACGGGAUUAUCGAGGAGCUGGGAGGAACGACCCUCCUGGCCCUGGCGAGCCUCCAGUUGGCGCUCUGAACUAUGGAUAA